AUGGGUGUUCCAAAAAAAUUAACAAACAGUGUUGAUUUAAUUGAAAGGUUUUGCAAGAAAUGUAAUGUAAAGCCUAUAAAAAAACUAUCGUUUUUAUUAGGUUCUAAUCUAGGACCUACCAAAACUUUAUUAAGAGAUUACACACUAAACCAAUGUUUUUUGUAUGAAAAGUGGACAAACAACAACUUUAAUGAUAAAAAUGAAAUAAACCACUUUAGAAACAUUGUAUUGAACGCGAAAUCAAAGUGUAAUGACAAAUCCAUACACGGAAUUCCCAUUCUACCACCUAAUCCUUUUAAUAUAAUUGCCAUCGACAUUGGCUUAUCCAACUUCUCAUAUGCCAAAAUUCAAAUCGAUUUAAAUAAUCCAAAAAUCCCGCCAACGUUAACAAUGUGGGGGAAGCUAGAUCUAUUUGCCAAGUAUAGAAAACACUUUUAUCCAAAACUAAGCAGAGAAAUGUUUGAAUCAAUGUAUUAUUCUGAAGAUGUUUUAGAGAAAAUAAAAAACACUGAAAAUGGAGUGAAGGAUAAUGAGUUAUGUGAAAAUGAACAACACUCGGGAAAAACAGAAGAAGGAGAAGGGGCAAAUUUGCUCGAUAAUCUUGACAAAAAAAAUCCUAAAAGAAAAUCAAAAUUAAAAGAAAAAACACUUCGAAAAUAUAGAAAUUCAAAAUUAGCGCCCAAAUUUAAUCCAUCCAUCAUAACUUCCGUUUGUAAUGAUUUGGCUGAUUUUUUGGUUCCAAACGAAAGUGAAUAUGCACAUACAGGUAUUGUUGUUGAAUCUCAAAGAAUAAGAACAGGAGGUUCAAGUCAAGUUUUACAGCCCGUCUAUAGAAAUAGUGUUUUCGAAUAUGUUUUAACCAGUACUUUGGAAAAUAGAUUUAAGCCAACAAUCUCAGUUCCUAACCAUUGGGAAUAUACAAAUAAAAAUAGUAUAGUACAUGGUUCUAAUGCUCAAAAAAUGGUUAAUUAUUGGCUUAAAAUUUGCACUGGUAACACCUUAUCUGUUGAUCAAUCCCCAGCACAAAAACAUUUUACCACUGAAGAAGAUCUUAAAUCGGAGGAAAUAUCAUCUAAAUUAAAGAGGAAAACUUUUGUUUGGAAUAUUUUGAAAAAAUCUGUACUAGAAGAAAAUAAAGUCUCUUUUAGUGUACCUGAUGAUGUAAUUUUGCCAUUUCUAAAUAUAUCUGAGCAAUUAAGAGACCAAAUGUUUGAUAAUGAUGUGGAAAGCUUUGGAAACGUGGCUGUUAAAGCAAGAAAAAGUCUCUUUGAUUUAUUGAAAUUGGAUAUACCAACUGCCGGCACACGCAAAGAUGAUGAUUUAGCAGACUCUUUAUUGCAUUGCUUGGCAUGGUCCCAAUGGUUCAGGACUUACCGUUUGCUAGCUAUUACCAUUGUAGGGAAAUCUUUCUUAGUACAAAAGGAAAUCGAUGAUUUAGAAAAAUUGUUAAUUGAUAAUUUCAAUUGCUUUUUGGAAUAUUCCAAAGAUAUGGUUCCUUUAAGCAAAAAAAUAAAAAAGGAAAAUUCAAGUUAA